CAAGAAAACGGGACGGACCUCCAGCGCUCGGCUUUCCUGGGCUCGCGUAUUCAACGUCCAGAGCCAAGGGGCGGGGCUUUGUGCUACGCUGCGCUGACAGGCGAGCGGCCGACCUGGGAUCUCGCCGCCGCCGGGAUGCUGCUGACGGUGUGGGGCUUUCUCAAGCGUCACAAAAAGAAAUGCUUCUUCUUGGGUGCCUUCGUGGGUGGAAUCUAUGUCCUUGGAAAAUAUGGGCAGAAAAAAAUGAAAGAACUUCAAGAGAGAGAAGCAGCAGAAUAUAUAGCACAAGCACGAAGGCAAUAUCAUUUUGAAAGUAACCAGAGAACUUGCAACAUGACAGUACUAUCAAUGCUUCCAUCACUAAGAGAUGCUUUGAUGCAUCAGUUGAACUCUGAGAGCCUCACUUCUCUGCUGAAAAACAAGCCAGUCAACAAGUUAGAAAUAUGGGAAGAUUUGAAGAUCAUAAGUUUUACAAGAAGCAUUGUAGCUGUAUAUAGUACAUGUAUGCUUGUAGUUCUUCUACGAGUCCAGUUAAACAUUAUUGGUGGAUACAUCUACCUGGAUAAUGCAGCAGUUUGCAAAAACGGCACUACACCUUUAGCUCCCCCUGAAGUCCAACAGCAAUACUUAUCAAGUAUUCAACACCUUCUAGGAGAUGGUUUGACUGAAUUAAUUACUGUGGUUAAAAAUGCUGUGCAGAAUGUGUUUGGAAGUGUUUCUCUCAAACACACUCUUUCUCUCUUGGAUUUGGACCAGAAGCUGCAAGAAAUUAGGAAGGUAGUAGAACAAUCUAAAGAGAAGUUCAGAUCUGAAGAAACUGGAUCCCAUUCUUUGCUGUCUCAUUACAUGAUGCCAGAUGAGGAGAAUCCUUUAGCUACACAGGCCUAUGGUCUUACAGAAAAAGAUCUUGCUACUAUUCAGUUACUUAAUGAAACAAGAGACAUGCUGGAAAGUCCAGAUUUUAAUAGAGUUUUGAGCUCGUGCUUAAAUAGAGGAUUCAAUCGAUUAUUGGAUAACAUGGCAGAAUUCUUCAGACCUACUGAACAGGACAUGUGCCAUAAUAGCUCCAUGAACAGUCUUUCUAGCGUGAGUCUUCCUUUAGCAAAGAUAAUUCCAAUAAUAAAUGGGCAGAUCCAUUCAAUCUGCAGUGAAACACCUAGUCAUUUUGUUCAGGACCUGUUAAUGAUGGAACAAGUGAAAGACUUUGCUGCUAAUGUGUAUGAAGCUUUCAGUACCUCUCAACAACUAGAAAAAUGAACUGCACAAAGUGUAUAUACAAUGCAUAUGUAGUGUCCAGUCCCUAUGAAUACUUAAUUUAUUAAAGGAUAUAAUUAAUGUCAGAAUGAAUUAGGAUUAUUAGUCCUGCAUAAACUAUGGAUGUAAUGAAAUUCAAUUUCUAGUUUUUAUAUUGGGAGAGAAAUUAUAAAAUCUGAUUUAAAGUAAACUUUAGUGGAAAAAAUCACUGUGCUAUAGUACUUUAUACAGAGGCAGUCUGAGUUAUGAAUAAUUUGUUUACAAAAAGAGUGCCAACAGCACCCUGUCAGCAGUAAGUUCUAGAAAAUAUGUCUGAUUUUAAGUGUGCUGGCUGCGACACAAAUAAGACAAAAAGGUCAGGCUUCUCUCUUUCAGGAGACUCGAGGAAGGAUCUUGCCCACCCCACCUGCAGUUGUGCCUCAUUCAGGAACAGUUACUGGCUAUGGGAUGAGUUUUCAUUCAUGGAUUAGUUCUAGCAGAGGCAAGGUAUGAGGAUGAAGGAACAAAUAACAUCUCUAGUGCCUAACCUGUGCACUUAUGUGCCUUUAGAAGAGGUGCUGAGUGUUGGGAGUGGCUUCUAGGACUCAGUAAAGCUUCCCUUGGCAUCAGUCACCUGUUAGGCAAGCAGAACGUGGCCUGUUUCUCACCCAUGAUGCUUCAGUCAAAAAGCUCUUCACAAAACUUGGUAUUACAGGAGGCUGGAUGGCUUUCCCCCUUCCUGAUUGGUCUAAGAAGGUGAGCAGUAGUAGUGGAGAGUGUGGCCUUCUAUACCUCAGGUAUUCUAGAUUCAGGCUACUGGUACUAAAUAUUCUAUGUGAGGGUAAGCUAAACUCCUAGCAAUGCAAUGUUAAGUACUGACUUUACUGUUUCAGGUGGGAAUAGGUUGAUUUAAGAAAAUAUUGUGUAUGCUGUUUGUAAAGUUACUGCUGUACACAUUCAUUUCUAAAUGGUUAAUUUGUAUUAAUGGAAGCCCUGUAAAAUAUCUGUAUCACAGUAAAAAAAAAAGUAUUUUAACAAA